UUUAUCUCCCACUCCGCUUCAUGUUUCAAGAUUUAAAUUCUCACAAAAUAAACGUCAUUGUGAAGUUCAAACUCUAACUUCUAAGUCUAAAGUAAAUACAAUGUAGUAAUCGAUAUGCAUUGCAUUUUGUUUUCAAGUACUUGUCACAUUUCUACAUUAUAAUAAAUCUGUUUUAAUCUCGUCUCAGUUCACUAAUGACUGUUUAGUGAAUAUAUUCUGAAUUACUAUUCAAUAUUUUUCUUAUAAGGAACACAGAAAAUACAUUAAAAUGAGUCUAAGAAUGAAUACUAAUGAACAACGGUUAAAAACCGGUGGAGAAGAUCAUUUACUUUUGCAAGAAAAUGUAGUAAAAAAUGGCAAUACUUUACUAUCCAUGAAUUCAACCAUGAAUUCAAAAGUGCAACCAACUCAACAUAAUUCAUUCACAAGUGUUGCUUCUGAGCAAGUACCAGUUCGUUUAACUCCUGCAUGGGAAGAAACUAAUUUACCGAACGACGAACUUAACUUUAAAUCAUUCAGCAUGGAUGAUGCAGUAUUAGAGACUGACCCUCCAAAAGAUAGAUGGAACAUUGUGUAUUUAAUCUUAGUUCUACAUGGAAUAGGAAUAUUAAUGCCUUGGAAUAUGUUUAUAAAUGCUAAAUCUUAUUUUGUGGAAUACAAGUUGGGAGAAGAUUAUCUAGGUAAAGAUCUAUUUUAUGCUUCCGUUUUCAUGGCUUACUUGACUAUUGGCUCACAGCUACCUAGUCUUCUGUUCAAUUGGCUCAACAUAUUUUGUCCAAUAGGAGGAAAAUUGACAACUCGAAUUGUAUGGUCAAUUCUUACUGAAGUACUUUGUUUUGUUUUUACUGUUGCAUUGGUCAUGAUUAAUACCUCUCAAAUACCAGCUCUAUUUUUCUGGUCAACUCUAGGCAGUAUAGUAUUAUUAAAUAUGGCAAACGGUAUUUACAACAAUUCUGUUUUUGGAAUGGCUGCUAAGCUCCCUACAAAAUAUAUUGGUGCUGUAGUUCUUGGUACAAAUUUGAGUGGUACAUUUACAUCUGUCGCAAACAUAGCAUCAAUUUCAAUAACUCCUGAUGCUCGAACUGCUGCUAUAUAUUAUUUUACUACUGCACUGUUUGUGUUACUUGCCUGUUUUGAUACAUAUUUUGCAUUGCCAUUAAAUAGAUUUUAUAAAUAUCAUGAACUUAUUUAUCAACGUCAAAUUGAAAAUCAAAAUUCAAAACAAAGCGGAGAAAAUGAAAAAGUUCCUUAUUGGCGUAUUUUUAAACAAGCCAGCCCACAAUUGAUUAAUGUAUUUUUUGUAUUCUUUGUUACUCUUGCAAUAUUUCCAGCAGUUCAUUCAGAUAUUAAAACAUCAAGUAAAGAUUUUCUUUUUGGAGAAACAUAUUAUACCAGUGUAAUGUGCUUUUUAACAUUCAAUGUAUGUGCACUUAUCGGAACAUAUUUUUCUACUUUGUUUUCUUGGCCAAAGCAAAAAUGGCUUUUUAUUCCUGUGGGACUGAGAGUUAUUCUUAUUCCAUUAUUUUUGGUUUGCAAUUACCACCCAAUUGGUGUUACAAGAGUAAUGCCAGUACUUAUUAAUAAUGAUUAUGUAUUUUGGGCAUUAGGAGCAAUUCUUGGAUUAUCUAGUGGUUAUUACAGUUCUGUAGCAAUGAUGUAUACUCCAAGCUGUGUUGAACCAAGAUACAGUGGUAUUGCAGGCAUGUUUGGAGCUGCUAUGCUGAUUACUGGAAUUUGUAGUGGUAUACUCUUCGGAAUGACAAUGCCAUUUAUUGUUAAACACAUAUCCAUAUAAAAAUAUAUUAAAAUGUUCAAAAACUUUUUUUGUGUUUAAUAUUAGACUUAUUUUUAUGUAUAUUGUAUUUUAACAAAUCAGACAUUGAUAAUAAGUAUGUUAAUUUGAUAUAGAUACAGGUGUAGAUCAUAAUUAUUAUCAAAAGAUGAAGCCAAAAUGUACAGCCUAAUAUUAUUUAUUUACCUAUUGGCUAUUAUAUAUAUUUGAUCAUCCAUAAUAAUCUAAAAUAUUUUAAUAAUGUUAAAUAAAUGUUUAGGGUAGACAAUCAUCAUCAUUUUUCAAAUAAGUGCCCAUGUAUAGGUGUCACAAAAAUGUUAAUUGAAUAAGAAAUUAGUGAUUUAAUGUGAAGAUAUAAUAAAAUAUGAUAAAUAUCUAAUUUCUUAUUCAUUAGAUUUUUCUAAGACAACCUGUAUUAGUUGCUCAAUUAUUAUACAUUAAGUAACAUACUUCAUUCAUAAUCUAGUUUAAAAUUUGAGGAAGUAAAAUUGCUAUAACUUUAUUAUAAAUGUAUUUAAGUUUAAUGUAACCUAGUACUAGAACUUGAACUGGAAAAAAAAAUGUUUGUAUUUGAAGUGAAAUAUUCUAUUUAAUUUUUAAUGCUAAUAACUAACAUUUUAUUUUUCAUGAAUUCAUUAUUUAAAUUAUAAUAUUUUGUAAUAAUUGUUUUUUUUUUAACUUCAAUUAUUACAGUUGAAGUAUUCAUAAAAAAAAAAAAAAUUAAAAAUGUAAUUUUUAUUUAAAAUACUAUGAAGAAGUAUUUUGUAUUAGUUUACGGGUAAUUUUUUUUUUUGUCAAAAUUGUAAAUACAUAAAAUUAUUAUUGAAACAAUCACAAUUUAUUAUAGAUCACAAGAAAAUUAUAAUGAAGUUGUCCAGGUAUUUAUUCAUAAUGAAUAUUUUUGUAAGUAUUAUAAACAUUAAAGUCUUAAUUACCAUUAAGGUUCGGCAUUUUUUAUAUGCUAUUUAGUUUAUUAUAAAAUACAAUAAUAUUUUGUAACUAAUUUAAAAAUAAUAACAUCAAGUUGUAUGAAUUUGAUUUAUAAUAAUUUUAUGUUUUAUGUUAAAAAUAUUAAGUUUAAUUUAUUUAUUGUAUUAGAAUUUAGUUUUGCUUAAACCAAUGACUUGUAAAUGUAACUAAACAUUUAUUAUUUAUUAGAUUUAGUGAUUGUCUAACUUUUAAUUAUAAAAAUGAUCCUAUAUUAAACAAUAAUUUAAUACACAUUAACUUUAAAAAAAUACUUAAACCCAUUGUGAUUCAGAUUGUAUUAAAUUAAUAAAACAAUAUGACAUUGCUGAAUUUACUUAAAAUAUAUUUAAGUAUUUAAUUUUUUUAAUUUUGAUUUUCUGUAUUUUAUUUUUAAAUUCUUAAUUAUAAUAUGUAACUUUAAAACACUGAUUACUUUUAUAUUAUCUCCAUAAUGUUUGUUUAAAACAUAUAAUAAUAAAUUACUCAAAAUAAUAUGUAGUACGUAAUAAUUAAUAAAUUUAUAACUAUUUUUUA